UUUAAGGUGCCGGGGAUCCUGUGGAGUGAUGGAUGUGCUUUUUGCGGAGAACAGGAUUCACAGACUGUGUUUUAUUUUGGUGUUUCUGUGGAGUACUGUGCUUAAUUCUCAUGCAGCUGAAGUAGAAACAACGUCAUGUACGCCAGAAAACUUUCGUUGUUCGAACGGAAGGUGCAUACCGAAAAGGUGGGUUUGCGAUUACCAACGAGAUUGCGAGGAAGGUGAAGACGAAUAUCAGUCAUGUGCGCCUCCACAGUGCAAUCCCAAUCAAUUUUCUUGUGGCCAUUAUGUUUUUAACCAGUCAUAUUGUAUUCCACGAUACUGGCGCUGCGACAGGAUAGUGGACUGCGUGGAUGGAACAGAUGAAGGGGAAACGUGCAAUUACAGAAAUUGUCUGUCAAGUGAUCAUAAAUGUGGCAGUGGGUUAUGUAUUCCUAUUGAGAAAAGAUGCGAUCAUUACUACGAUUGUAGAGAUGAAAGUGAUGAAGCUGAUGAACAUUGCAAAAGUAAUACAACUAAAUGUAGAUUGAAUGAAUUUAGGUGUGCCAAUGGUGCUAAGUGCAUAGACGAAAGCAAAAAAUGUGACCACUGGAAUGAUUGUGGUGACAACUCUGAUGAAGCUGAAUGUGAAUUUCCCGCUUGCAAUACUGGUCAGUUUAGGUGUGCAAAUGCUAUCUGUAUUCCCAUGCGAUGGAGAUGUGACGGUCAUGCGGAUUGCACCGAUCAAUCGGAUGAAGUUAAUUGCACUUUAAUAUCAUGCCCAGACACGAGGUUCCUCUGCCCGUCAGAAAAGAAAUGCAUCGAUAAGAAAAAGCUCUGUGACAAUGUAAGAGAUUGUGAAGAUGGAGCUGAUGAGAAAGAUGCAUGUUCAUCACAUUUGUGUAUGUCUCUAAGAUGUGAAUAUGGUUGCCGUGCUUCAUUAGAAGGGGGAGAGUGCUACUGUGGACCAGGCAUGCAAGUCGAUAUAUUGGACACACAAAAAUGCGUAGAUAUGAACGAAUGUAAUGAAUGGGGAUUUUGUGAACAAGUGUGCAUCAACACUAUGGGAAGCUACAUUUGCUCUUGUGUGGCAGAUUACAGUCUAGUUGCACCAAAACAUUGCCGAGCCCAAAAUAGUUCUCUAAUGAGGCUUAUAUUUGCUCAUCACAGUGCUAUAUUUAAAGUAAAUGCAGAAGGUUCGUUGUUAGAACUAGUGACAAACACAACAGCAGCCAGUGGGCUAGACUUUCAUUAUGAAAAAAACUUGCUGUUUUGGUCUGAUACAGUUACACGCAAAAUUUAUUCUAUUAAAUUGGACCCAUGGCGUGAAUCCCAGCACGUUCCUGAUUUCAACGUCUCCUUCCCUUGGAGCCCCACAUCUUUUGCCAUAGACUGGGUUGGAAACAAAAUCUAUGUUUGUGAUGCCAUUGGACAAAAGAUUGAUGUUAUGGAGCUUGAUGGCAGCCAACACGCCAUCCUUAUUAGCCGCAAUCUUUCUUCUCCAUUGGAUAUUGCAUUGGACCCUCAUUUAGGGCUGAUGUUUUUCAGUGAUGCUGACAAUAUUGACAGGGCAAAUAUGGAUGGUACUAUCAGAGUUACGAUUGUUAAUACUUUCAUUUAUAAAGCGUCAGGCCUAACUCUGGAUUAUGUGACUAAAAGGGUAAUUUGGUGUGAUUCUCAGUUGGACCAAAUUGUGGCAGUGAAUUAUGAUGGCAGUGGCAGGCAGUCAAUCAUUCGUGGGAGCACUCGAGUUCCAUCUCCAAGCAAGCUGACGAUGUUCGAAAAUAAUGUUUACUGGACAGAUGGGACGCGCCAAGGGGUCUUGAAAACAGACUUGUAUAAUAAUUCUCAAACUGCUAAUACUAUAUAUCGAGAUCGCUCUUUGCUCAAAGAACCAAAAGCAAUAAAAGCUUACCAUUAUUUACGGCAACCAUUUGUCAUGAAUCCAUGUCAUUUCAACAACGGUGGAUGCCAACACAUGUGCCUUCUUACUCGUUCUGCUGAUAGCUUCAGUAUUGGAUACAGAUGUGUUUGUAAUAUCGGUUAUGAAAUAGCCUUGAAUGAAAAAACUUGUAAAAGAGUUGAGGAGUUUUUAUUAUAUGCUCAACAAAAAUUUGUCAGAGGUGUUACACUGAAUCCAGUAUCUAAUGGUUUCACUGAUGCUAUGAUUCCUAUAGUCAGCAAAAGUGCCAGAUUUGUGGGUCUUGACUAUGAUGCCGAACAAGGUUUAAUUUAUUAUUCUGAUGUCAUCUUGGAUGUCAUUUAUCGAAUCAAAGUUGAUGGAACUGGUCAAACCAAUGUGUUGGCAUCACAGAAUGAAGGUGUUGAAGGCUUGGCCUUGGACUGGGUAUCAAAAAAUUUGUAUUACAUUGACAGCAGAAAAGGAACCUUAAAUGUUAUUAAUACCAACAACUUCCAGUACAGACGUACCCUGCUUAGAAACUUGAAGCGUCCAAGAGCUAUUGUUGUGCAUCCUAACAAGGGAUAUGUGUUUUAUUCUGAAUGGGACAGACCAGCCAACAUCAGCAGGGCCUACUUAGAUGGUUCAAAUCUCAUGGUUUUCCGAGGCGUCUUGCUUGGCUGGCCGAAUGGUUUAGCCAUCGACUACCAAAAAGACCGGCUGUACUGGUGUGAUGCACUUCUUGAUCACAUCCAACAUGCUAAUCUGGAUGGGACUGAUGUUCAAACAAUCAGCUCUCCCCGAAUUAAACAUCCAUUUUCUCUCGUGAUUCACAAUGAAUUUUUAUAUGUGACUGACUGGAGGCUUGAUGCAAUUCUCAGAAUGGAUAAAGAGAGUGGCGCUGGAGAAAUAAUUGUUGCAAGUGUUGAAGAAGGCAGCAGGCUGUAUGGAAUAAAAGUAUUUAGCCGAGAUAAUCAAAAAAUUGACAAUCGUCAUCCUUGCCGGAAUAACAAUGGCUAUUGCCAAAAGUUUUGCUUCCCUGUUCCAUCCAACAACAGCCAAGGACCGGAUCUCGCUGUCAAAUGUGGUUGUCCAUACGGUGAGCGUCUUGCCAGUGAUAAUCGAACCUGUCAGUCAGAUCCACAUGCUGAACCACCUGUUCAAGCCUGUCCUAAUUCUUGGGAUUUCACCUGUGACAAUCAAAGGUGCAUACCUAAGACAUGGGUUUGUGAUGGAGACGAUGAUUGCCUGGAUAAUUCUGAUGAAAUGCAAAAUUGUACAAAGACAACGUGCGGACCUCGUGAAUUCGGCUGUGGUAGUGGCCGAUGCAUACCACUGUCCUUUAGAUGUGAUUCCGACAACGAUUGUGGAGACCAUUCAGAUGAAAUGGGAUGUGUUAAUGUGACUUGCGAAGCUGCAGAAUUCCCAUGUGAGAAUGGGAGGUGUAUUCCUAAGUCUUGGAAGUGCGACUCUGAAAAUGAUUGUGGUGAUGGAUCUGAUGAAGGAGAUUUUUGUACUGAAAAAACUUGUGCUUACUAUCAGUUUACUUGUCCUGGGUCUGGUCACUGCAUACCUCAAAGCUGGGUUUGCGAUGGAGACAACGAUUGUUUCGAUCAAGCUGAUGAGCAGAGUUGUCCCCCAAUAUCUUGUACAUCUACUCAGUUUCAGUGUGCAAACCAAAAGCAGUGUAUACAUGAAAGUUAUCAUUGCGAUGGUGUAUCAGACUGCCAAGAUGCUUCAGAUGAGCAGAAUUGCCCAUCAAGAGCACCUGAUCAGUGUGAUUCAGACAAGACAUUUCAGUGUCAUACUUCUCGCAUAUGUAUUCCAAAGUCUUGGUAUUGUGAUGGUAAUUCUGAUUGUGAAGAUGGUAGUGACGAACCCAGCUCAUGUGGGGAAAUUGAAUGCCCACUAAAUCAUUUUAAAUGCAAUAACACAAAAUGUGUCUUCAAAUCCUGGAUAUGUGAUGGUGCUGAUGAUUGUGGUGAUGGAUCAGAUGAGGAUCAUAGACAUGCAUGUGGUCCAGCCCCUGAAAGCUGCCCAAGUGGUGAAUGGGCUUGCCCAGAGGUUACGGGUCGUUGUAUACCCUUGACAAAGGUUUGUGAUCAAACUUCAGAUUGUCCGAAUGAUGCUGAUGAGGGUCCUGGAUGUACUGUGGAAACUUGUUCUUCAAAAAAUAUGGGCUGCACUCACAAUUGUUCUGAAACUCCCUCUGGUCCAAUUUGCACCUGUCCCCCUGGAAAAGUGCUGAAUGAUACGAAAACAUGUGUAGAUUUUGAUGAAUGUGCAAUGCCUGGACUUUGCAGUCAAGAGUGUAUAAAUACAAAAGGUUCAUUCAAAUGUCAAUGUCAGGAUGGUUAUAUUCUUACCGGUGAUCGGCAUAGUUGCAAAGCUUUAAAUUGGAGCAGUGCAUAUCUGGUUAUUUCGAAUCGACGCUCUAUAUUGGUUGCGAACUUAAACACCACCACACUGGAAAGAGUCCCUGUGAGAGUGGAGAAUGUGGUUGCUACGGCUUCAGAAAUGGCCACUGGCACUAUUUACUGGUCUGACAUGGUGCUUAAGAAAAUAUUUCGUUUGAAGAAGGGAGGAGAUCCUGAAGUGGUUGUUGGAAGUGGUUUGGAUCUUGUUGAAGGACUUGCUGUAGAUUGGAUAGGGAAAAAUCUCUACUGGGUAGACUCUCGUCUAAAGACUGUAGAUGUUUCAACUUUGAAUGGAGAACAUCACAUGGUUUUGUUAAAUGAAAAUAUAAGCCAACCAAGAGGACUUUCGAUCGAUCCAAGUGAAGGGGCACGUAUAAUGUUUUGGACAGAUUGGGGUGAAAACCCAAGGCUUGAAAGUUGUGGAAUGGAUGGAACGCUCAGGAAAGUAAUAGUGCAUACAAAAAUAUUUUGGCCAAAUGGACUCACCAUCGAUAUUCCAAACAAACGUGUUUAUUUUGCAGACAGUAAAUUGGACUACAUCGAUUUUUGCAACUAUGAUGGAUCUGGGCGUCAUCAAGUCUUAGCUAGAAAUCAUUAUCUUCUUCACCCACAUUCUCUCACUGUUUUCGAAGACACCUUGUACUGGACGGAUAGGCAACUCAACAGAGUACUGUCAUGUCAUAAAUUCAAAGGAACAAAUCAGACUGUGGUAUCACAUCUAGUCAGCCAACCUCUUGGCAUUCAUGUUAGUCAUCCCAUUCUCCAACCACUAUCCAUAAAUCCAUGUGAAAAUGCAACUUGCAGUCAUUUGUGUCUACUUUCGCCAUCUCAUUCUACUGGUUACACGUGCAAAUGUCCUCCUGGCUUUGGUAGAGACACAAAAACAGCAGAAGGAAAUUGUGUUCCUGUUGAUACUCCAUAUCUAAUGGUAAUGAGAACCACACAGUUGGUGGACAUGAGUUUGACUCCUGGUGACAAAAUGACUGGCUAUUUUACACCAGUGAUUGGCAUAGAAAAUGGCUAUGAUUUUGACUAUGACAAGAAAAAAGGACACAUCUACUACAUUCAAUUGGAAGAGGAUGACAAAGAGAAUGGAACAAUAUACAGAGUAUCAUUAAGUGGAGGAAAUCAAACCAAGUUUCUUGCAGAUGGCUUUGUUGGGGCUCCCUAUGUUCUGGCAUUUGACUGGAUCGGAAGAAACAUUUAUAUUGGGAAUCGAAAAUCGUCAAAUUUUGAAGUUGUUAAAGUUGAUGGUGAACAAGAUUUCCGUCGAGUUAUUUUGAGCAAUGAUGGUACAGAAUUUGGUGUUGCUAAGCCAAAAGCUGUGGUAUUAGAUCCUGAAGGCGGGACAUUAUUUUGGUUGGAUGAAGGCGGUGUAGGUGUUCCCAUGAAGAUUGCAGCAGUAAAUAUGGACGGUAAUAAUUCUCGUACUCUGCUGAAAGAUGGGCUCAACAAUUUAGAAGCACUGACUAUAGAUUUGUUUAAUAAAAGACUUUAUUGGAGUCAGAGAUAUGAUGGAGGAAUAUUCAGUAUAUCCACUGACGGGAAAGAUAAGAAAAGCAUUGUUACAACAGGAGUUGCCAAACCCCAAGGUCUUACUGUGUAUAACAAUCGAUUGUACUAUUUGGAUUCGCUCUAUGAGAACAUAGUUCAAGUGACCCUGCCAGAUGGAAACAAUCCUGUCACCUUAGAGGACAAUGCUGCUGGAUUAAUCACAAUGAAAGUGUACAGUAAGCGACCAUCUUCCGACAAUCAUGAAUGCAAUAAAAACAAUGGUGGCUGCCAGCAGCUGUGUAUUCCCCUUGCAAAUAACAGACGAAGAUGUUUGUGUGGUACUGGCUUUCAAUCUCAAGGGGAAACAGAAUGUAAGGCAUACCAAUCUUUUGCCGUUAUUUCUGAACUUGAGAAGGCUCGAGGAUUCAGUUUAGAGGAUCAUAGCGAGGCCAUGGUUCCUAUAUCUGGAACAGGUCAUAACAUCCUUCACUUAGACAUCCACUAUGCUGAAAAUGACAUAUACUGGGUGGAAUUCAAUCAAGGUGAAAAGAAUGGCAUUUAUCGCAUCAAACCUGAUGGAACUGACCUUCAGCACAUCAUCUCGGAUGGCAUUGGAAGCAAUGGCGUCAGAGGAUUGGCAGUUGAUUGGGUUGCUGGUAACUUGUAUUUCACUAAUGUCUUCCCUCAUGAGACCUAUAUUGAAGUGGCAUGGCUUGAUGGUUCAAAAAGAAUGGUGCUUCUUAAAACCACCACAGAUUCACCCAGAGAGAUAGCUGUAAAUCCAAUAAAGAAGUUCUUGUACUGGAUUGAUUAUGGCCAGUAUCCAAAGAUUGAAAAGGCAUACUUGGAUGGAACGAAUCGCGUUCCCAUUGUGGUCACUGGAAUCAGCAGUCCCAGAGACCUUGCAAUUGACAUUGAAACUCAUGACGUGUAUUGGGUGGAUUCAAAGGAAGAUGCUAUACAAAAAGUUUCCUUCAGUGGAGGGUCAAGGCAAUAUGUUUACAAAAAGUUACCUAAUCCAAUGGGUGUUGCACUGUAUGGUUCACAAGUCUACUGGGUAGAUAGAAACCUUCGCACCAUCUUUAAGGCUGAUAAAAUUCCAAGCAAUUCUUCCCGACAAGAAUCUAUCAGAUCUGAUAUGGAUACUUUAAGAGACAUAGUUAUCUUCGAUGCCAAAAAUCAACCAAAAUACGACUCCCCAUGUGCUAGUAAUGGUGCAGCCAAGUGUGAACAGUUAUGCUUUGCCAUGCCUGAUGACAGUGUACAGAAGUCAUUUAAAUGUGCUUGUGCUUCAGGAGUUUUGCUAUCAGACGAUAGGAAGUGUGGUGAUCUGAAGGAGUACUUGGUAUUCACAACAAGGCGAGAAAUUCGAAGUCUCAAUUUGGACCCUAAGGUUACCAGUUUGCCAUUCCCUCCCAAGACUAACCUGUCUAAUGUUGUUGGGUUGGAUUUUGACUACAAGGACAAGAAAAUUUUCUUUACACAAAUCCGACCGGACGGCAGCAUAUCGUGGGCUAAUCUAGGACAGAUGGACAAAGUAAAUGUCAUUCUAAAUAAAGGCAUAAAUCCUGAAGGUAUUGCAUACGACUGGACUCGUGAAAAGAUCUACUGGACAGAUUCUGGCAACCGUAGUAUAUAUGCUAUGAACUUGGAUGGCUCCCAGAUUGUUAUGAUCACUCGGGUAGAAAGACCUAGAGCAAUAGUUUUGGAUCCCUGUGAAGGCUAUAUGUACUACACAGACUGGGGGCGUUUUGGAAAUACUGGCAAAAUAUUCCGAGCUACUAUGGGUGGUAAUAACAAAAUAGCGAUACAUGAAAGCAAUUUAACUCAACCAAGUGGUCUAGCAAUUGAUUAUGAAGAAAGGAAACUAUACUGGACAGAUGCUUUAAGAGAGAAGAUUGAAAGAUCUGAUCUGAAUGGGACGAAUAGGGAAGUUCUCGUAUCAGCAACAAUCUAUCCCUUCGCCAUUACAGUUUUUGGAAAAUAUAUUUACUGGACAGAUUUGCAAUUAAGAGGUGUGUACAGAGCAGAAAAGCAUACUGGUGCUGGAAUGAUUGACAUGAUUAAGCGCCUUGAAGAAUCGCCACGUGAUAUUCACAUUUACGCUCCUGAUCGUCAGAAAUGUGACUCCGAUCCAUGCAAAAUCAACAAUGGAGGUUGUGCUCAUUCUUGUCACCAGGCACCAAAUGGUACAGUAGAAUGUCUUUGUGAAAAAGGGUUUAAAGUUGUAAACGAAGGACGUAUGUGUGCUGCUGAAAACGUUACUUGCACUGACAAUAAAUUUACUUGUGGUAAUGGCAAAUGCAUUCCUCGUCUGUGGGCUUGUGAUGGUGAUGAUGACUGUGGAGACAAUACAGAUGAAGAUAAGAAAUUUUGUGAUUUACACACUUGUAGUCCAAACGAAUUCCGCUGUGGUGUUGGGCGCUGUAUCUUUAAGACCUGGAGAUGUGACCAUGAGAAUGACUGUGGGGAUGGAACAGAUGAAUUGGAGUGUGUGUACCCACCUUGUGCAGAAGGGGAAUUUACAUGUGCUAAUUUCCGCUGCAUACCAAAAACUCAACUAUGCAAUGGAAUUAAUGACUGCAAAGACAAUAAGACAUCUGAUGAAAGUAUAGAGCUCUGUGCAAAUAAUAGGACUUGUCCUGGAAAUCACAUCAAAUGCAAUGCAACUAAUAUUUGUGUUGAACCAUACUGGCUUUGCGAUGGAGAUAAUGACUGUGGGGAUAACUCGGAUGAAAAUCCUGCUGUGUGCGCUCAAGGAACAUGUCCUCCAAACAGUUUCAGGUGUUCCAACCAUCGUUGUAUCCCUGCUACAUGGUAUUGUGAUGGUGAUGAUGAUUGUGGUGAUGGUGGGGAUGAACCAGAAGAGUAUUGUAAAAGUGAAAAGAAAACUUGCUUUGGAGAUCUUUUCACAUGCGAUAAUGGAAAUUGCAUUCCUAGAAUUUAUAUUUGUGAUGGUGACAAUGAUUGUUUGGAUAAUUCUGAUGAAGACGAUCGACAUCAGUGUGAAACCAGAGAAUGUGAUCCAGAGAAAGAGUUCACCUGUCCUCAAAACAAGCACUGGGGCCGAGCAUCCUGCAUCCCCAAACGAUGGGUCUGCGAUGGAGAUCCCGAUUGUGUGGAUGGGGCAGAUGAAAACAGCACCUUGCACAACUGCCCACCACCUGAGCCAUGCGAGAACAACCAGUUCAGGUGCGAUAACAGGAGAUGCAUCAAUAAAGACUGGGUGUGCGACCACGACAACGAUUGUGGAGAUGGAUCCGAUGAACCAAAGAAUUGUACUUUCAGAACCUGCACAGAAGAAGAAUUCACUUGCCGAAAUGCCAAAUGUAUUCGCAAGAUGUAUCACUGUGAUGGAGAAGACGACUGUGGGGAUGGAAGCGACGAACUCGCAAAAGAUUGCUCUACCGAAGCACCCACCUGCUCUGGAGCCCAAUUCAGGUGCAAGAGCGGACAAUGCAUUCCUUACGAACGAGUGUGCAAUAAGCAGAUUGACUGCGACGACAGUUCCGACGAGCCCCCUCACUGCCAUGUGGAUGAAUGUGCAAAGGUGGAAUCUAAUCAGUGUGAGCACAAAUGUGUGAAUACCCUCACUGGCUUUUAUUGUGAGUGUACUGAUGGAUAUGAACUUGCAAAAGAUGGCAAGGCCUGCAAGGACAUUGAUGAAUGUGCUGUGAAGCCUGAAGUUUGUUCACAGUAUUGCUUCAACACUCCUGGAUCUUAUUAUUGCAAAUGCAAUGAGACCUAUUAUGAGAGAGAACUGGAUGGUCGUACCUGUAAAAGAAGAGAUGACAUUGAGCCCUGGUUGAUAUUUACAAAUAGAUAUUACCUUCGUAACAUGAGCACAGAUGGAAAGAAAUACAGCCUUAUCAAAAUGGAUCUAAGGAAUGUAGUAGCACUGGAUUUUGAUUAUGGAGAGGACAGGUUGUACUUUUGUGACGUGGGUAACAAAACUAUAAGUCGAAUCUUUCUGAAUGGUACAGGAGAAGAAACUCUAAUAAGACAUGAUACUCAAGGAUUGGAAGGCUUAGCAGUUGAUUGGGUUGGAAGAAAAAUUUAUUGGUUGGAUCGCACAACUAAACAACUGGAUGUUGCUGAAUUGGAUGGAAGAAAUCGUAAAACUUUACUAACAAAAGGAAUUUCGGAUCCUCGAGCUUUGGCAGUACAUCCAGGCAUAGGGUAUCUUUACUUCACUGACUGGGGUCAUCAUGCAUAUGUUGCUCGCAUGGGAAUGGAUGGCACCAACUUUUCAAGAAUUGUCUUAUACGAAAACAAGCUUGUGUGGCCAAAUGCACUAGCCAUUGAUUAUUUCAGCAACAAAAUUUUCUGGGCAGAUGCUCAUCUUGAUUAUAUCGAAUUUGCUGAUUUAGAUGGAAAAAAUAGACGUGAAGUCCUAGCUGGAACUGCUGUACCUCAUGUGUUUGCUAUCACAGUGUUUGACAAUUAUAUUUAUUGGACUGACUGGAACAUGAAAGGAGUAUACAGGGCUGAAAAAUUUACUGGAGAAAAUUUACAGAUUUUGAGGAAUACAUCUCAUAGGCCAUAUGACAUUCAUGUCUAUCAUCCUCUCCGACAAUUACCUUAUAAAAAUCCAUGUGGAACUAACAAUGGUGGCUGCUCCAAUUUAUGUUUGAUUGCACCAGGAGGGGAUAAAUACACCUGUGCGUGUCCAGACAACUUCAUCCUUUUGCCACAUUCUAUUAGAUCUACCUUGGCUAACACCACUUGCAUUGCUAACUGCACAGCUGGUCAGCACUUGUGUGGAGGAGAUGAAUCGAGAUGCAUACCCAUCUACUAUGAAUGCGAUGGAAAUAAAGAUUGUCGAGACGGCUCGGAUGAGAAUGGAUGCCCUCCUUUUACUUGUAAACCUGGACAGUUUCAGUGCAAAAAUAAUCAAAGUUGUAUAUCAAGGAUACGAAUAUGCGAUGGCACAGCAGAUUGCAGUGACAAAUCAGAUGAAGCCUUUUGCGUUCAUGAUUGUGGAGAACACAGUUUUAAAUGCAAAAGCACUGGUCGCUGUGUCUCCGAAGCCUGGCAUUGUGACGGGGAUGAAGAUUGCCCAGAUGGCUCUGAUGAAGAUUCCACCUUGUGCCACAAAAAAGAGUGUGAUCCUGAGACUCAGUUCAAAUGUAAUAAUGGCAAAUGCAUACCAAAACUUUGGUACUGUGAUUUUGAUGAUGAUUGUGGUGAUAAUUCUGAUGAACCUUCACAUAGAUGUAGAAAUCGUAAUUGCACCACUGGAUGGAGGAAGUGUCCGACGCACGGAAAUUACCGCUGCAUUCCCAGCUGGCUGUUCUGCGACGGCAAAGAUGAUUGCAGAGACAAUUCAGAUGAAACAGAUCCAGUGUUCUGCCCCAAGUGUCAUCAAGCUGGGGAUUUUGAGUGUAAGAACAAAAGAUGCAUACCUUUGAGAUGGAGGUGUGAUUUUGAAGAUGACUGCGGCGAUAACUCCGAUGAGGAUCCAAGCAUUUGCACUGAACUGUAUAGAGAAUGCACGGAGAGUGAGUUCCAAUGCUCGAAUAAGAAAUGUAUACCAAUGCGCUGGCGUUGUGAUCAUGAUGAUGAUUGUGAUGACGGUUCUGAUGAACAAGGGUGCUUAAACUAUGAAUGUCCGACUGAUCAGUUCAAAUGCAAGAGUGGACAUUGCAUAUCUAUGAAGUUGAAGUGCGAUGGAAAUAAGGAUUGUAAUGACGUAUCUGAUGAACAAGAUUGUCCGCCUCGCUAUCCCAAUGGAAUGUAUUGCCAGGAAAACAUGUUCCAGUGCAACAAUACGGUUUGCAUUCGACGAGAUUUCUUGUGUGAUGGUGAUGAUGAUUGUGGCGAUAUGUCUGAUGAAAAACCCGAGUUAUGCCGAUCCUUCUCCUGUGAUAUGAGUCAUAAAUUCCAAUGCCUGAAUCAUCGAUGUAUUCCUAUUUGGCAUGUUUGCAAUGGCCGUGAUGAUUGUGGUGAUGGUUCUGAUGAAAACAAUCACACCAUGUGUGAACUCCCACCAUCAGUUUGCUCUUCUACCGAGUUCAAGUGCCUGAACAAAAAAUGCAUUCCCCUAACUAGUGUUUGCAACUUGGAGGAUGAUUGUGGCGAUAUGUCUGAUGAAAAGGGAUGCCAUAUUGGAGUAUGUGACGACAACAAACAUGGUGGCUGUCAACAUAACUGCACUUCAUUAUCAGGUGGUGGGUACAUCUGUACAUGUCCACCAGGAUAUCAAGUCAAUCAUGAUGAUGCAAAACUGUGCAAAGAUGUGGAUGAAUGCUCCCAAUUUGGUCACAAUUGCUCUCAACUUUGCACUAAUUUUGAUGGGUCCUAUAAAUGCUCGUGCAAUUUUGGAUAUGAAUUAUAUAAUGGCCACUGUGUUGCUAAUGGAGCCUCUCCUAUCCUUAUGUAUGCUACUGGCUCUGAUGUUAGGGCUUUCCAAUUAAAUAUGGAUCAUCAGUUUGCAUUUAUUACUGGAGAAAGCAGAAUUCAGGCGGUGGACUAUGAUGCUACCAAAGAUAUCUUAUAUUGGACAGACACUUCUGAAAAAACUAUUAAACGAUCAUUCAUACCUGAUAUUUUGUAUCAAGAGACUGGCAGUGGUUUUGCGCAAAACUUGGAACUUAAAGGGUUAACCAAACCUUCAGCCAUUGCAAUAGAUUGGGUUAGCAGUCAUUUAUAUUGGAUGGAUGUUGACCUUUCAAGUACAAGGCCUAAAGGAAGAAUUUUUGUCAGUGAACUUGAUGGUCGAUACAGGCAUACCAUCAUUAGUUAUGGGUUAGAGCAGCCAACAUCACUUGCUUUAGAUCCUGAACUUGGUAUUAUGUUCUGGACUGAUGCCAGUAUGACACCAAAGAUUGAAACCUCUUGGAUGGAAGGUAGUAAGAGGAAAAUAAUAGCUGGCGACCAUUUAGGUUCUCCGACUGGAAUCACGAUUGAUUAUGCAGGAAACCACAGAGUAUAUUGGUGUGAUACAAAAUUGGAUACCAUUGAAUCUAUGAAGAUUGAUGGAACUGAUAGAGUAAUCGUGCUUUCAGGACUUAAUCAUCCAGUUUCAUUGGAUCUUUUUGAAGAUCACUUGUACUGGCUAACAAGAGAUACAGGUGAAAUUUGGAAACAAGACAAAUUUGGGCGUGGAGUUAAAGUUAGAACUCGACGAAGCGUGGAAACCCCUACAGCAGUUAAAAUAUAUCAUCCCCUCAAGUAUAAUACUACUGUCAAAAACCGCUGCAAACCAGAGUCAUGUACGCAUCUAUGUUUGCUAAUACCGGGUGGUUCUCGGUGUGCCUGUCCAGAUGGUUCUCCAAUGUCAAUUCUUGGAGCUACAUCAUGUAACGCAGGCUUUGAAUUGCCGAAACCGCAGCCUUAUAAAUGUCCAUGCAGAAAUGGUGGUCAUUGUGAAGCUGAUGCAUCAAACACAAUUUCUUGCAUUUGUCCAGAAGGUUACAGUGGACUACAUUGUACGGAGUAUACACCUGGAUCUAAUUCUUACAAAAAUGUUCAUGGCAGCAAUGUUGCAGCUAUAGUCAUUCCCAUUCUUACCAUUCUACUGGUUGUUGUUGGUGCAGUUGGAGUAUUUUACGUUUUGAGAAAACGCCACCUGAAACCUGGUGGAUUUGGUGGUAGCAAUCAGAGUGUAUCUUUCAGGAGCGGAACAAAUGUGGAAUUUUCUCCUACUUUUAUGGGUCGAAAUGGCCCCUCAGAUACUGUGAAUGAGGAGCCACUGGACACGCAUUUCAACCUCGGUGACUUCGACAAGCCCACCGACUUCAGCAACCCCAUGUACGACGUGAUCGGCACGACGACCAACGACAAGACAGCUCAACUCUACGAGGUCCCAGUGGAAGCAAGGGGCGUGGACAAGAAUAGCUCCGCCCCCGCAGUGCUGCAAAUACGCAAGAGCGCCCUCGACCCAACGACGAUGGACACCGACAAAGACACCGCCCAGCUGGUAGUCGAGGACAAAUCAGAAUGUUGACAUAAAUAAUUUCGAAAUGAUGUACAGCUUAUAGGGAUGCACGAGCUUCGACGAAAAUGCAUCUCGGAAUCAUUCUCUGUUUAAAGACUUGUAAAUAUCACAUGAGCCAUUCCCAGUGUUUGAACAUGUGAAUGUGGAGGACCAGUGAGUUGUAAUUCUGUACAGUCGACCCUCGGCACAUGAGGACAUUCCAUUUUACUUCCUGAUUUUUUAAGGAAACACAGAGACAAGGAGCGAAUUUCGUUCCGAGACUUUUUUCAGAAAUUGGAAGGACAUAGUUGUACAUACAAUGUUGACUAGCUUAGGUCUUUUGAGAUGCAUUAGUUGCAUCCAGUGAGAAUUAAAUUAGUAUUUCUUACGCAUUUUCUUCUGGUUGUGAUCGAGGCGAUGGCCAACCGUCCUGAGGGGCUUUCCGAAGCUUCUCGCAUUUAUGAAAAUCAAAAUGUGGUAUUACUAUUUCGAGACAUUACUCACCAUAGCCAGGUAUUAAAUCAUCAUGGUUAACUUUUUAGGACAUGUUUAAUUAAAUGAAGUUUUUUACCUCUCUUUUAAUUGAUUUUUUUUAACAAUUUUAAUUAUUUCAUAAUUUAUUCCUGUAAGGGCAUCAUUCAAACUAAAACACUAAAAAUAGCAUUUCAAAACAUUUUUAAUUAGCAGAAAUGUACUAGACUUUUGUGGACAAAGGUGAUAUUUGCAAUUCAGGCAUGGUGUUGCUGCUAAUUGUGAAUUAAUAUGUUACUGCUAGUUGGAAAUUUAGUGUUUGCUGUGUUUAUUUUAUUUUCUAUUAAUUUGUCGCCUUCUAUGCUUUAUAUUUCUUUUGUCACUGUUUGAUUAAAUUAUCAUCUGCUCUAUUUUUCUUAAGUCCUCAUAUCUAUAUAUACUAUGUAUAUGUCACAAUCAACAGUGCAGACAUUUAAUAAAUUAAAUAUUGGCAAAAGAAAUAUAACCUUUUUGGAUGUGAUAACAAAUUAAUAAAAAAUAAAUUUUAAUCAAAACAGAGAAUGAAAUUAGCUCUAACCCAUGGGUCAAGAUUUUAUAGUAGGGUACAAAAACAAAAUUAACUAUAUUAUUCCUGUAGAACUAUAUUGCGUAGAAAAUUUCUGUGAUAGAUUUUAAUUUCAUUUCAGUAUACAUGCUUCUGUUUUGAGUCAUUCCAUAUUUUGAACAACUGGCUUUUAGUUUCCAUUUUUAGUAUUUUAUUUGUCUACAUUUAUUGCUUUUGUUGAUCUUUUGCUAGGUAUAUUUCUUUGAAUUUGUUAUAAGUUCAUAGUGCCAUUACAAAAAAAGACGACAUUUCUGUGAUGUUUUCGAUAGAUAGUUUGCUUUAUCUUUAAGCAUAUAUGCAAAUAGUAUCUAUUAGGAAUAAUAUUUAUGCAUUUUUAAAAUGAUAAUUUUUUUUCUGGUCAAAUUGUAAUGGGAAUAUUAAUUUCUGUUCUAGUUUAAUAUUUAAUUUUGAAAUUGUAUUUUAAACUUUACUUAUAUAUAUUUAUUAUUAUAUUUUUUUCCCCAAGCAUGAGAGUACAUUUUAUAAAAUAGAAUGUUACACUGCAUUUGAAAAGAUUUCAAAAAAUUCAAUUAUGCAAAACCCUGUAAUGAAGUUUGAUUUAGAGGAAAGAAUAUUUCAUUGAAUAAUUUUUUUCAUGGUAAAAUGUUUUGUUUCAACUGAAUUUUAAAAAAUUGUCAAUUAUCUUAAAUCUUUUUAUUUAAUAAAUGUUUAAUAAUUUUAUUAAAUAACAAAUCAUGAAGUCAUAGUAAACAUUUCCACUGUUUCUUGCAUGUGAAAAAAAAAAAAAAACCUAUGAACUCAUUUUAAAUUAAUGCUACUUAUUCUCCCCUCCCAAUGCCCAAUGCAGUGGACAAAGUUAUGUAUAUCUUUUAACCAAAUACGUCUUUAAAUCGGUCUAAUAUUUGAAAUAAGUUGCAUUCAUUUUAGAUUAUCAAUGCUUGCUGUUGUCAAAAAAUAUAUAAAUAACCACAGGCAUACAUACAUUCAACAUGGAAACUAUCAUUAAAGUAGGGAAAGCUGGAAUUUUGGUUCAAGCAAAAUAUUUACAUGUAUCAAAAACAUUUAAAUUGACAUUAUAAUGAAAUGAGUAUCAAUUAACAAGCAAAAGUGUAAAUUUGUAAAAUGCACGUCCACAGAUAAACAAUGAAUUUUUGGUUAAGUGUGAAUUUUACAAUUGUACUUUGCUUUGUCACGUGCGAAAACUUAACUAUCAACCAACAACUUUUGACUAUUCAAUUUUCAAGUGCACUAAAUUUCUUCUUACCUUCCUAAUCACCAUUAGACUUUUAACAAGAAUAAAUUCUUGAAUGAGUUAAGCAAAAUAAUUGAUAAAAUCAAAUGAACUGAAUGAACAUGACCAAUCAAAUAUUUAAGUCCUGUGAACCUAGCUUUAAUGUUCAAACUAGUCUUAAUAAAUAUGAAUUUGCAUUUCAUUAUGUCGAAAGUAUGAAAAUUUUGCACAAUUUGUGUGUUUUUUCUAAUACUUAUAUGCACAAAUACAAAAUUAAACAGAUAUCUGGCAAGCUAAAACGUAAGUUUGUGCAUUUUAUUUGGCCAGAAGUAUGCAUCAUUUAUAUUUUGUUAAUAAUAUCUACAGGGCUUAAUUUGCAUGGAGUUUCACGGAGUUCAGCUCUUUUUUGUCGCGAAUUUCCAAAUAUUAGGUGAAAUUCAGACUUUUUUAUACGAAAACUUUAGAAACCUAUUGGGCUCCAGCACGUUUUUUAUUGGAAAUUAAGCCUUGAUUAUUUAUUCAAUGUUCCUAAAAAAAGUUAAAAAUUAUUUUUCAGUGUAUUUUUUUUUUUUAUUUUAAAUGUAUGAACAGAAAAUGAUUUUUUUAAAUACUUAGUUCUGGUUAAUAGAAAUUCAAAAUCUACCGUUUCAUAAAUGGGUGUUAUCAAAAUGAUACUAAGGAGUAUUUCUCUAUGAAAUACUAAAUGAGACAAACCGUCCAAAAACUAAAAUUGAGUGCUUCCACAUUCCAUUUCAAAGUAAAGUGAAAUCUAUUUCAGCACUUUUGAAAAAUCUAAUUUCAGUUACACCGACUAUACUCUUGAAAGAGAUUUUUAUGUACUGAAAAAUGUUUCAAUCACUUUACAAGCAUCAAUACUCAAAAAAAUCUCACUCCUACAAUUACUUCAUUUUCUUAUUUGAAAGCGUUUUCAGCAGUGCUAAAAUUUAUUGUCUUAGAGACUUAUAAAAUUAUGGCAACAUCUGUUUAUUCUACAAAACAAAUCCUAAUGCUUAAAGAUCAAAUAGUUAAAUGGUUUGUUUUGAAUGCAAGAAGUGUUGGGGGGAGGGGGGGUCAAUCCAGUUCAACCUCCUCCCUCCAACUACGACCAUGGUUUUUAACACUAUUGGUAGUUUUUGUACAGAGAAGGACUAUAUUAUAACCCUCGCUCAGAUAAGGAUCCACAUGUAGGGUCAUGACCCCCCCCCCCCCCUAAAAUGAUGAACUACUGCGUAAAGCUGUAUUUUGGGGGCCUAUACUGUAAAAGAAUUGCCUCAAAACCCCUAUUUUAGCACAAAAUUGCCUUUUGACCCCCUGCCUUUCUGAUAAUGACCCCCACCAAAACCAGAAGCUAGCUACGCAGCUGACACCUUCUUCCAAAAUUGGCUGGACUAGUAUUGAAUGCUAGUCCAGCCAGUCCCAGAAUUAAUUUGUGUAUUAAAACUCUCUGGAUUUGAGGAGGGAGAGUAAGAGGGGGACAUGAUCUAGUUAUUUUUAAGUUUGUUUAAAUUGGGGACUUGCAAGGGCUAAAUUUCUGCACAGGUGGCAAAAGCAGGGGCUGUUGUUUUAAGCUUUUGAUAUUCCAUUUUAACCUUGAAAUUAAGAAGAAUUACUACUUCAACAGGGUUGUUGGCAUUUGGAAUAGUUUACUGGAAGCAGCUUUUACUUGCACUACGGUGAGUAGUUAUAAAAGGGCUCUUAACCUUCAUUAGGGAUUGAAAAAUUGACUCAUGUCAGCCUAGCUGGGGACUGACUUUGUUGCUGGUCAUCACUUUUGUAUUGUAUUGUAAAGCUUCUUUUUGUUUCCUUUGUAAUGAUCAUUCUGAAACCUUGGGUGGAGGUAGACCAUACUCGUUCAAGUAAAAAGCUUUUGGUAAUGAGUUAUCAUUAUUGAACUUUUAUGUCCUUAGGAACUUCAUCUACCUGUGUAUACAGGGUGUUCCGUUUUAACCCGCAAGACCUUUAUUUUUGCAACCGUUAGUCCUAGAUGCAUACUUCCAAUUGAAGAAAUGCUCAAAAUCAGAUGCAAAGUUAAAGUAUUGAAAGUUUGAAGAAAAAAAAACAAAAAAGUCAAAAACCUUUUACAAAAUUUAACUUUUUAUACAAGCUCUAGGUCCCCUAACUUAUAUUUAGGGAAAUUAUCUCCAUCGAAAAAUAAUUUCGUUUUGCGACUUACACCACUUUUCAUUCGCCCUCAAUAACACUUUUUGGGGGAAAAUUUAGCGGCUCACAAGUGUUUAAAAUUAUGUGUGCAUAGAGUGGUUUUUCAAGUUGUUCGAAGUUUUGUGGCAUGUUUUUGCGUAUCACGGCAUAACAUUUGCAUUUGUUUUUUAAUAGCAAUGAAAAAUAUAAAUACCUUAUUUUUCUUACUUUGACGACCUGUCAUUCUUCUGAAGGAGCAAUAAGUUCCAAUCUCAUCUUCUGUACGGUCCCUUAAAACUUUGAACUGGAAUAUCUCCUCGGCCGGAUUUGGAAGUGUGGAGGCCCCGGAGCAACGAAGGAGUGGAGGCCCCUAAUCAGGGUUCGAAAAAAUCAUCAUAUUUUUGAAAAUGUCCGAUACAUUGAUAUAAUAUCCGAAUAUUUUGAUAUAUAUGUAUAUAUCCGAUAUUUUCGACCCGUGAAAGUUAGGACAUUUUGUAAAAAUUUUACUGUGGGGGCCCCUUUGUUGUGGAGGCCCCAGGGCAGUAGCCCGGCCUGCCCUCCCCUAAAUCCGGCCCUGUAUCUCCUUGAGUUUUGGUCGCAUAAAUGUCAAGUUUUUUUGUGUAAUUAAUAGUUUUCAAUGGAGAUUAUCUCUCUAAAUAUAAGUAAGGGGACCUAGGGCCCGUAUAAAAAGUUAAAUUUCGUAAUUUUUGACUCAUUUUAAUUUUUGCUUCAAACUUUCAAUACCUUAACUCUGCAUUUGAUUUUGAACAUUUUUGCAAUUGGAAGUAUGCAUCUAGGACUAAGGGUUGCGAAAAUAAAGGUGUUUGCAGAUUAAAACGGAACACCCUGUAUAGCAACAAAGGUAUUUUAAAACUUAAAAUUAUGGGAGAUAAAAAGACAACAAAUAUAGUUCUGUUCUUGUCACAUGGAGUUACCAUAAAGCAACAGAGAGUAAGGGGUUACCAAAAUAAAAUUACUUAUGCUACAAAUUUGAUGACCCUACCAAAUUCCCAAUUAUCGAUCCCCCCCCCCCCCCCCCUGAAAUGAAUAUUGUUUGUCAAAGAAUCAAUUUUGGAAAGCACACACUCACACUUGGAGGGACUGGCGUUUGUAAAGGGAAUUAAAAUCAUUCUAAAACAAAAGCAUAAAGUUGGAAUUAUUAUAUGUUGCAAAAUAAAAUUGGCACUUAAGCAAUUAAAUGUACCUUAAUUAAUUAUAAAGUUAAAAAUAACAGUAAUUUAAGGGGGUGGGGUAUUGCGAUUAUAAACCUAGCCAUGACGACUUCAAAAUUUCUUGUAUCUACUCUUUUGUUUUCAUUGUAUAAAAGAAUAAAAUAGGGGAUUAGGAUGUGAUAAAAUGUUUGAUUUUUACAUAGUUGUUACGUUCAGGCAGAUUAUAAAUAAACAGAUGUUAUCAUGGAAGUGUGCACACAGAUUUCAAGCACAAGGACACUUGAAAAUCAAAAGAAGUUACUUCGUUUCAAAUCAAAAGUUUCUUUCAAAUCAAAAUAAGUUACUCUCUUUCAAAUCAAAAGAAGUCACUUUUUUUUCAAAUCAAAUUUGUUAAAACCAAUUGAAAGUAAGCACUGUUGGAAACAAAAUCUUAUUUUACAUUAAUCUGUAUUUCAAAUAAAAAUCUUACUAGAGUACAUGUCUAAAAAUUUACUUUUCUAAUUGUUUAAAAAUAGUAUGUCAUAUUUUCUUUCAAAAAAAUUGAAUGAGUACAUUUUAUUGUGUGUUUUGUGUGUUCAAAUUUCUUUAUUUUGUUCAUUUAAAAUUCGAGAGAAUUUAUGACUUGGAAAUACCAUCUGCUGUUGAGAAGACAUUCAUCACUGAAGUGCUCUUUUGAUAUUGAGUGUGAAGAGAGCAUUUUGUAAAAUGUUAAAAAAUUAUUCAUCAUUAAAGAAAUUUAUUUUAA